AUGGCUUGUCAAUUUGUUAAAGAAGAGUUUCAAAGAAUAAAGAACUUCUUGAAUUUUGAUGAUAAACAAGACUAUGAAGAUGCUCAUAGAGGUUUCAUUGCUGAUAUUCCAGAUGGAAUAAUCAAAUCAGAGGAUGGUUCUAUUGUCUAUAGUAUCAAUGAAACAAACUUUUUAGAAGAUGAAUGUCCAGAAACAGUUAACCCAAGUCUUUGGAGACAAUGUCAGUUAAAUAGGGUUCAUGGUUUAUUUGAAGUUGUUAAAGGAAAAAUAUAUCAAUUCAGAGGAUAUGAUAUUGCUAAUAUGACUUUUAUUAAAGGAGAAAAAGGAUGGAUUGUGAUUGAUACAUUAUGUAGUGUUCCGGGAUGUAAAGCUGGUUUAGAGUUAUUCAGGUCUCAUAUUGACAAUCUACCUAUCACAGCUGUCAUUAUCACUCAUUCACAUGGAGAUCAUUGUGGUGGACUAGAAGCUGUAUUAGAAGAAAAUACUAUUGUCUAUUGGCCAAUGAAUCUUAGAGAAGAAUUUGUAAGUGAGAAAAUGCUUGCAGGAGUUGCUAUGGAUAGGAGAUGUGUUUAUAUGUUUGGGCAGAACUUACCUCAGAGUAAAGAAGGAUUUAUUGGUUGUGGUCUUGGUCAAGCAGGAUGUCAAGGGUCAAAAAGUCAUUUAAACUGUAAAGAAAUUAUUGAAAUUCAUGAAAACAAAACUUAUACAAUUGAUGGAGUUAUUGUUGACUUUAUCUUUACCCCAGGAGCAGAAGCACCAACAGAGAUGAUGAUGUAUUUCCCUCAAUUAAAAGCUCUUUGUACGGCUGAGGAAAUUAAUAGACUAAUGCAUAAUUUAUACACCCCAAGAGGAGCUAAAGUACGUAAUGGUAAAUUAUGGGCUGGGUAUAUAGAUUAUAUAAUUAUGAAAUAUGGAGAUGAUAUAGAAGUAUCAUUUGGAACUCAUAACUGGCCGACAUGGGGAAAUAAAAAAAUAAUUGAAUAUUAUGAGAAACAAAGAGAUAUGUAUAAAUAUCUUCAUGACCAAACAUUAAGAAAUGCUAACUUAGGUUAUACUCCUAAUGAAUUACCAGAACAUGUUAAAUUACCAGAGUCAUUAUCAAAAGUGUUUUAUAAUAGAGAAUAUUAUGGAACUGUUAGUCAUAAUAUUAAAGCACAGUACCAAUUUUAUCUUGGAUGGUAUGAUGGAAAUCCUGCUCAUCUUAAUGAAUUAACACCAACAGAGCAAGGGAAAAAAUAUGUAGAGGUUAUUGGAGGAGAAACAAGAUGUAUUGAAUUAGCUCAACAGGCAUUUGAAAAGGGAGAGUUUCAAUGGGCAAUAACAUUGUUAAAUCAUUUAAUAUUUGCUAACCCAAAAAAUACUAAAGCAAGAGAAUUAGCUGCUAACGUAUAUACUCAAUUAGGAUAUUUACAAGAAAGUGCAGUUUGGAGAAAUGAAUAUUUAACAGCAGCAAUGGAAUUACGUUCAAGUGAAAUGAAGAAUACAAUUUCUAUGCCACCAGGAAAUGACAUCAAACAUAUUAAAGAAAGUAGUCUAAAUGAUAUUUUUGAUGUGUUUAGCGUUAAUGUUGAUCCAAAUAAAAUUGAUGGAUUAAAUGAAGUCAUCAAUAUCGUAUGUAAAGAAUCCAAUGAAGCAAUAAGUGUUGUAGUAAAAAAUAAUGUAAUAAAUGUAAGACAAGUAAUUUCUAAAAAUCCAACAAUAACAGUUAUAUCUACAAAACAAAAUUUAUUAAAUCUUUAUUCAAAAAAAUUAACACAACAAGAAUUUUCCAAAAAUAUAGAAUUUAACGGAAAAUUAGAAGGAUUUUACAAACUUCUUGAAUCAAUUACAAUUCCAUCUCCAAUAUUUGAAAUUAUUGAGCCAUAA